GUACUAAUUUUCAAAAGUGAAAAUUAAAGGUAAGUUAUAAUCUAGGUUUUUCUAAACCAGAGUAAGCAGGGACAUAAACGCUCAAUAGAAGUGCAAGUUAAGGGAUUCCUCUCUCUGUUGUUUGGUUUCUGCAAAUUCUUUUCCUUUUCAUUCAUAUAUUAGAUCGUUAUAAAGUAGAAGGUAUGGCUGGACAUAAUGAGUCUGGCAAGAAGAAAUCAAGUGAAGCUGCUAAUGAUUUACAAACAUUCAGUGCUGAAAAUUUGCAAAAUAACAUGAAAGUUAUAUAUUACAGUCAGACUUUUUUGUCUAUUGUCGGUGGGGUGAUUGCUGGAAUUCUGGGAUUCAAGGGUUUGGCUGGAUUUAUCCUUUAUUUCCUUAUCAUGGCAAUCUCUUCAGUUGGACUCAUAGCCAAGGCCAAGUUUUCUGUUCACUCGUACUUUGACUGUUGGAACCGGAUUAUAUUUGAUGGCUUUUUUGGUGGGCUUAUGUCAUUUGUGCUAUUCUGGACAUUCGCGUAUGAUAUCGUUCAUAUAUUCUGAUGAAGUUAUCAUCAGUGUCCCAUCUCGGAUGGAAGGACAAGCAGAGCUGCCGCUGGCUUGUGCCCCCAAUUUAUGUCACCUCGGAGCUUGAGGACAUGUUUAAUGCUCUGUGUCCAUUACAAAACAAUUAUAAGGAUCACUUUUAUCCUAUCUUUUUAAAGUUUGGUUCAGCAGAUCCAUACUCUUAGGCUUGACUGUAGAGGGGAGUUUCUCAUGUUUAAAGAAGGUGCUUUGUGUUGGUCGAUUUAUUUCAAUGUUUUUCUAUUUGUACGCUGAGGAUUAUUCAAUGGAUGUAUGUUUAAGAAUUAAGAUUUAGAUUCUAUCCA